AUGGAAGACACUGAGACUGGGACAGAUGAAGCAUCAUCAUCAUCACCUGCGACACCCUUCCUGGUAUCGCAGAGUCCGGUCCGGAUCGACCAGCCGAUGGUCGAAGUUGAUUCCGCGUCAGAGUCCUCGUUCUCUCAUGGCUUGCCGAGCUCUGGUCACCGCGGAUAUGAACUUGACAUCUCUCUUGCACUCGUACCAUCUCCAUCCAUCGCCCCUGUGCUCACAGACUUGGAUUCUCGAAACGUUCCUUUAUUCGAUUUUAUGAGAAGGGUUUUUGUUCCUCACCUUGUCCGGCCUGUCACCGACCGGCGAUAUGUUGAUGGCUUUAUAUCCCAAAGUCUGCAGCUCGCAUGUGAAGUCCCUUUCUUUAUGAAUGCCUUGAUGGCCUGUUCCGGUGCGGAAUUUCCCACCGACAACGACCGUCAUCGUAAAGUUGGCGAAUCUUACUAUACCAAAGCUUUGGCUGGUCUCCGAGCCCAUCUUGCUCGAGACUACUCGCAGCAAACAGAAACGGUAGCCUUGCGCGCCAUAUUCCUCCUCUGCAUCUAUGAGAGAUCUCGGCUUUAUCUCUCAAAAGACGUGCAUACCCAUUUAGUUGGAGCCGCAGUCCUGAUCAAAUCUUGUUGUGACCACAUGCACCAAGGGGUGCCAGAAGACCUGCCAGAUAGAUUGGGUUGGAAUCGUGUCGUUUCCCUCGAGGCUUUCAUUUUCCACACCGCCACGAGCAUUCCUUUUCAAUCUCCUGCCUGUCGAUCCACGAUUGUCGACGACGCCUUUGACACUGCACUGCAUACUCUAGGGCAGCUUGUACGCAAUGGGGCAAUUGAUCCCUACAAAUUGCCAAUUCUCGGAGCUCCGCCAAAAUUGUUCGCGUACGUCCGGCAAGUGGCCUUACUCUACCAGGACUCUCGAAGCAAGAACACGCUGGAGAGGCAGCAAUGUCUCAAGCUUGAGCAAGAGCUGAAGAAUUGGAACAUCGGGUAUCCCGUCGAUGACUUUCCGAGCUGUUCUGCGGACUCUACACCACGUCGUGCUGAAGAAUCGAUUGCGAACGAAGCUCUCUGCCUGUCGAGCUAUUAUUGUCCAAGUGACGCGGCGCCCCUCCUGGGCCCUCAACUCUACAUUCUCGCCGCCCGGAUCCUACUUCGUCAUAUGAUGAAGCAGAACGACUCGAUCGAACAAUCCUUCUCGGAAUUAAUUUCCGAGGCCAUGACUCUUGCUAUCAACAUCGAGCCAUCAGUGGACUAUUAUGCCGACUAUUAUGCCUGGCCGUUCUUCUGUCUGGGAGUUACCCUCCGCAGUUCUCUCCACCGAACCCUCCUGAUGGACAAGAUCGUGGACUUCUGGGAAAGUACUACGAACGGUACGAUGCGACGGCUAGCAGACAUGCUGAGGGAUGAAUGGUCCUCUUCGGAGAGGUGA